AAAUCUCUUCUCAACUAGUCUCUUCUGGUUGUUUCACCAGCCGCCACAGGAUCGGCGGGAAGUAUUUCAUGCGGGUGUUUACGGUUCCAUUACUCUCACAUUUGAGAGGAUUAAUUCGAAGAGCACCCAAUUCGCGAUUCUACGCGGUUCCUGCACUUGCCUGGACGAACCCGAAAAUCUCACACUCGGAGCAAGAGAAAGAAGGUAACUUUGAUGGUAAAGCAUUGGAAUUGAACGAAGUUGGAGUUUUGCGAGUUUUGACUAGUAUGAGGGAUGAUCCUUAUCUUGCUUUGGCGUUUCUGAAACGAAUUGAAGGAAAUGGGGCUUUGCCUAGUGUCCAAGCUUAUGCAACUGUUAUCAGAAUUGUUUGUAGUUGGAGUUUGGAUGAGAAAUUGGGUCCGUUUUUUAUGAAGCUCGUUAGAAAAGGAGACGAGGGUCGUGGUUUCAGUGUCAUGGAUUUGUUAAAUGCCAUUGGAGAAGCAGAAGAGGAUGAGAAAGUGUCGUUUCUGUUACUAAGUAGGGUCUCUAGUGCCUUGGUUAAAGCCUAUGCUAACCUUGAAAUGUUUGACGAAGCUAUCCAUCUUUUCUGGAAGAUGGAGAGGCUGGGUUUGGAUGCGGAUGCACAUACUAAUGUUGUUGUUGUUCAAGCAUUGCAUAGAAACGAGGAUAUAAGAGGAGUAGAGAAGUUUCUUAACAAGUUGUUAAGCUCAGAGACGAGGAAUCCUCGCGUGUUUUAUAUGAAUUUCAUUGAAGGGCUUUGUUUAAAUCAGAUGGCGGGUAUAGCUUAUAUUCUACUCCAACCACUGAGGGUUGCAAAUAUUCUUGUGGAUAUUAGAGAUCUCGCAAUAGCGUAUCGCAAAGUGGUCCGGGGGUUAUGUAAUGAGAUGAAAAUAGAAGACGCUGAAAGUGCUCUUCUUGACAUGGAGGAAUGUGGGAUUGAUCCGGAUGUGUAUGUUCACUCGGCGAUAAUUGAAGGACAUCGCAAGAACAUGAAUAUACCUAAAGCUUUGGACUUUUUCAAUAAGAUGGUGCAGAGAAAAAGAAGAAUAAACUGUGUGAUUGCAAGCUCAAUCCUUCAGUGCGUUAGUCAGAUGGGCAUGUUCUCGAAAGCUUAUCAUCUGUUUAUAGAGUUUAGAGAGAAGAACGUUUCUCUUGAUAGGGUUUGCUACAAUGUCGCGUUUGAUGCUUUGGUAAAGCUUGGCAAAGUUGAAGAAGCUAUCAAGUUGUUCCGAGAGAUGACUGGUGAACAAGGUAUAGCUCCUGACGUCGUCAACUACACGACUUUGAUAGGUGGUUGCUGUCUACAUGGAAAGAUUCACGAUGCUCAUGAUUUGAUGAUUGAAAUGGAAGAAAGAGGUAAAACACCUGAUGUUGUUACAUACAACGUACUUGCCGGUGGAUUAGCUAGGUAUGGUUAUGUAGACGAGGCAUUUGAAAUUUUAAAAGCAAUGGAAGCUCAGGGUGUAAAGCCUACUUCCGUUACACACAAGAUGGUCAUCCAAGGCCUGAUUGUUGCAGGUAAAACAGACGAGGCGGAAGCUUUCUAUGAGAGUUUGGGACAUGAAAAAUCUCUGGAAAAUGAGGCAAGUAUGGUAAAAGGUUAUUGCGAAGCUGGUCUUCUUGAUCAGGCCUUCGAACGAUUCAUUAGAGUGGACUUUCCUCUGCCCAAGAAUGUGUUUUUCACACUAUUCACUAGUCUUUGCGCCGCCAACGAUAAAGAUCACAUCGGCAAAGCUGAAUACUUACUGGAUAGAAUGUCCCAACUAAUUGGAGUUGAACCUGGCAAGUGCAUGUUUGGGAAAUUGAUUGGCGCUUGGUGUCGAGUUGACAAGGUGAGAAAAGCCAGGAAGAAAUUCAAAGUUCUAGUAUCUUGUAAAAAGAUAAUCCCUGAUGUGUACACUUACACAACCAUGAUCAACGCGUAUUGCCGGAAAGACGAGCUCAAGGAAGCCUAUGCUCUUUUUCAAGAGAUGAAGCAGAGGAGAAUCAUUCCUGAUGUGGUAACAUACACAGUUUUGCUCCAUCACAAUCCAAAGUGGGAUAUGAAGAGGGAAAUGAAAGCCCUUGGCAUUAAACGAGACGUUCACUACUACACGGUUUUGAUUGAUCGGCAUUGCAAGACUGGAGAACUUGAAGACGCGGAAAGGAUCUUUGGUGAAAUGAUUGAAAGUGGGGUGGAGCCUGAUGCUGCUCCUUACACAGCACUAAUAGCUCGUUGUUGUCGGGAUGGAUAUUGUAAAGAGGCAAAAAGGAUCUUUGAUCUAAUGAUUGAAAGCGGGAUAAAGCCUGAUCUUGUGUCUUACACAACACUAAUAGCUCGUUGUUGUAGGGAUGGAUAUCUUAAAGAGGGAAAAAGGAUCUUUGAUCUAAUGAGUGAAAACGGGAUAAAGCCUGAUCUUGUGUCUUACACAGCACUAAUAGCUGGUUGUUAUAGGAAUGGAUCUGUACUUACCGCGGAAAAAUUGAUGCAAGAAAUGUUAGACAAGGGGAUUAAGCCAACUAAUGUAUUCCUGUCUGCAGUACACCAUGCUAAAUAUAAGUCCAAGAGACUCCAAUCUCGAGAGUGAUCAAAGAAUGUAUGAAGAGCCUAUAUUUAAAAAGCUCAGGUGAGGUUGUGGUAACACAACUAUUGGUCAUGAGAACAGAGUUUUUUGUCAGCUGACAAGGAAACUGGGAUUCUGCAUCAGCGUAAAUAAGGAUGUGAGCUCACUGUUCAUGGCUUGAUUUCUUGGGAACGGAACUUGUAGAGCCAGGAACGGAAAAGAGACAAAUACGGGACCAAAGCUUUUCUAAUGGAGCUUGAGAACAGAGGAACCAUAAAGGAGUCAAGGUAAAGCACGAUAACCGGACUGGAAAUAACCUCGCCAAGAGUAAAUAUGAGGAUUUUCAAAGCUCUUUGUGAACGCUGCAUUUUCUAAUUGUGUCUUCACAACACAAGAAGUGAUCUCCAGAAAGCCUCACGAGGAUAAUUGUAACAAGUAAAAUGUUGUGUUAUA